ACCAACCGUUCCGUAUGUUCCGGUCGUUCCGGUAUGUUCAGUGUUUGCCAUCCUGUAGGGUUGCUUAGAAAUGCAUCAAAAUCAUCUUGACUUUCCCCUAGAAAUCUGAUUAUUUGAGCAGGGACGUUCAAUGUAAAUGUCUCCUCAUUCUCUAGACAUUUACUAAACACUGUCCUCUCAAAUUGUCUCUGACAUCAGCAGCUCUGAACCGCGAGGAGAUGGCAAACUCUGUUGAAGAGCAGAAAUUCAGCCUAAAGGAAGUACUGGACACUUUUAGUUUAUGCCUCUCAGAAAAUAAGGAGGUAUACAUCGAACAUUACGUGGAAGGAUGGCGUGGUCUCGUUAGGUUUAUGAAUAGUCUUGGAAGUGUUUUUUCCUUCAUCUCCAAGGAUGCUGUCAACAAAAUUGAAAUUCUUGCAAAAUUCUUUAAUGGUGAGAAUGGGACACAUUAUAGCACUAUCCAGUCCAUGGUGAAAUAUGAGCUAGAUAAUGGACUAGUUGAUCUCGCCAAACGUGACAAAUACCCAGAGUCCGGCUGCCGAACCCUCCUAAGGCUGCACCGCGCUCUCCGCUGGCUGGAGCUCUUUCUGGAACGCCUGAGGACCAGCAGUGAGGACGGUAAGACCUCUGUGAUGUGCUCAGAGGCCUACAAUGAGUCCCUAGCUCAGCAUCAUGCUUGGAUCAUCCGCAAAGCUGCUGGCAUGGCGUUCUGUGCCCUCCCUGGACGCCAAACAUUUUUUGAAGUGAUGAAUGUUGGUACAUCGGAACAAGUAGUUUCCAUGUUGGGGGAUGCCCUGCCUCUCAUUUCUGAAGUGUACGACAUUACAGAGAAACUGUAUGCCCAACACGAGCUUUUACAGUUGCCAUAGAGAUAAUCUAUGAGACACUUUGCAUAGAGUUUGUGGGGACCCCUACUGUCUGCAGUAGACAUAAACAUCUUUUAAAUCAAUCUGAUUUCUGAAUUUCCUUUUUAUCCUGGAAUGGGCAUUAAUAUAGAUAUAGAUAAUAUUCUUGAAUUUCCCCUUGGGGAUCAAUAAAGUAUCUAUCUAUCUAUCUAUCUAUCUAUAGACUAACUAUGAAGAGGCUAGGCUUUUGAAUGUAAAAUAUUAUUGCCUGACUGCAUGUAAAUAUUGAAUAUAAAGGCAGACUACAGACUACAUUGUUUUAACAUUACAUUCACUACAUUAAAUUAUAUGUCUGAUAACUCUAUAUGAUUAAAAAGGGACAGUACGGGUAGUAAUGAGUCUACAACUAUGUCAUGAAUGUUUUAGUUAGUUUUUGUAUCUAUGUUUCUUGGUUAUGGAUGUGUUUAUAAUCACGAGUAGCCAAGAUUUCAUGGUCACUAAAUGUCCAUGUUAAAUAAACCUCUGAGAGAACUGGA